UGGAACGUGGAAAUAAAUGAGCAAUGACUGAAAAAAUCUCGUUUUCUUUCUGUUCGUUCACCAGGAUGUGCGAUGGUGGAUUCCUGCUCGAACAUUUUGACCGGAGACCAGUUUUACAACUUUUUGAACUACAACUUCGACCGGCACUAUUUGACAAACCGGGCCCCGUUUGGACUCUAUUUCCACUCCGCCUGGCUCAAGAAUAACCCGGAAUACUUCGACGCCUUCCUGUAUUGGAUCGACGAAGUCAUGUCGCAGCACAAGGACGUCUACUUUGUCACCAUGACGCAGGCAAUUCAGUGGAUUCAGAAUCCAAGGACGACUGACGAGGUGAAGAGUUUCGAGCCGUGGAAGGAGAAGUGCAACGCAGAGCCCAGUGAGAGCGUGUGUGGCACCCCCAGGGCAUGUCCCCUGACUUCCAAGGAGAUCUCUGGAGAGACUCUGCGUCUGCACACUUGCGUCAAGUGCCCUGCCAACUACCCCUGGCUGCUGGACCCUCUAGGAGAGGGCAGGGACAUGCGAUCAAGUGUACAAGAGAGACCGCGUCGGCAAACCGCAGCAGAAGGUGAAGGCAACAAUGACUUGAGGUCGUUGACGAUCGAAGAGUUGUGUAAAAACCGACAGCCUGAUGAGUUCUUCAGACUGACGACAGAGGGCGACUGCAGAGAUGUCGUAAGAUGUGACAGAGCUGGAUUGACUGGAAAGAUCCGUCUGGCUGGUGUCAGAUGUCCAAAUGGUCUGGCUUUUGAUGUGCUGAGACAGACUUGUGACUGGAAGGCCAAGGUGUCUACCUGUGAUCAACUGGAAAAACCUAGGAAAAUCAUGCCUCUGCUGAGUACCACAGAGCCAUUGUGCACUUCAGCAACAGACCUGGCUUGUGGCAAUGGGGAAUGUAUUGCCAAAGAGCUAUUCUGCAAUGGCAGUCCUGACUGCAAGGAUGCUGUCGAUCAGGACCCUAACGCGGCUCCCAAGUGCGACACCUCCCAGUGCAUCCUUCCCGACUGUUUCUGCUCUGCGGACGGAACCCAGAUCCCGGGUGGCCUGGAACCCUCGCAGGUGCCACAAAUGGUGACCAUCACCUUCUCCGGCGCCAUCAACGUGGACAACAUCGACCUCUUCGACGAAGUCUUCAAUGGGAACCGCCAGAACCCGAAUGGAUGCCAGAUCAAGGGCACUUUC